AUGGCAGUGAUGGUGGGCCUCCAGAAGAUGAUGAAAAAGAGGCAGGAGGAGGUGGUGGUGGUGGUGGACAUCCAGAAGAAGGUGAUGGAAGGGGAGGUGGAGGCGGGGCAGGUGGUGGACCGCCAGAACAAGAAGGUAGAGGAGGAGGAGGUGGUGGUGGAGCUGCAGAGAAAGAUGGCGGAAGAGGAGGAGGAGGAGGAGGAGCUGGUGGUGGGGCUCCUCCAGAAAGAGAUGGUGGAAGAGGAGGAGCAGGUGGUGGCAGUGGAACAGGCAUCUGUCAAGUUUCUAUUUUCAGUCAGUCCGCUCUCAAAGAUCACAGACAAAAUGAUCUAG